CCCUCUCAGAGCAAGGACAGCUCUAAUUCACGAGCUACUUUACCAACGCACGUCAUCGAAAUACCCUCCUGGCGAUUUUAUUCGGACGGUAGAAAAACCAACGGGACAAUGAAGUUCCUCGUGAUUCUGGCCUGCGCGAGUUUGGCGCUGGCGGCACCGGGCAGAAAAUCGUCGAAAGCUGAGAGCCGCAAACCCCGGGAGCAGUACGCGAGCCCAUACGCGGAUUACGGCGCAUACGAGUACGCCGGGCUAGCGGAGCUUCCGGUGUUACCGAGCCAUUACGGCGAUGCGGCUCCAUCGGCGUCCUUCGGUUCAGGAGCGUCGCACGCAGCUUUGGCUCACGGUCACGGGCCCGCGCGUCACGUUGGUUUCAGCGCUGGUGGUGGAUUGGUCAGCAUAGCGCGCGGGGCCGCCGACCAGGCGCACAAUUCGGUCGCGAAUCAGCAUUCCGCAGCGGGGCAAGCUGCCUACGUAGCUAAGAAUCAAUUGGCUCAGAGCGCGGCUCAAUCGGCGGCAACCGCGGCGGCUGCUCUCGCCGGUAAGCAAGUUAUUCUCGCGGGCCUGGAGCAGCAAUCGCGCGACGCUCACGUUGCGGUUGACGGCGAAAAGAUGCAGCUUCAGCAAGCCCAGCGCGCCGCUACCGCCGCCCAAAACUCGGCUCAACAAGCCGCUCAUCAACUGCAGGUCGUGACCGCGGCGAUGAACGCCGCCCAAGCAACUUCGGACCACGCCGCACAAGCGGCGGCCGAAGCUGCUGCGGAACUCGCCGCCCAAACUUCCAUGGUCGGCCAGGCCAAAGCUCGCGCUCAAACCAUCGAUGAACAACUCGCCGCAACCCGACUCGACUUCGAAGCGACCCGAGCUGCCUCCGAAAAGGCCGCAGCUGCGGCUCAACUCGCCCAAAACAACGCCGCCGCUGCAGCUGCCCAUGCCGCCGAAGCUGGCGCACAUGCCACCGCUAACCAAGUCUCGAGCCUCCCUGCACUUCCGGUCGACAGCCACGAAACUGACGGCCACGAAAUUGUCGCUCAUCCUUCCGUGCCCCAAGGACACGAACUUCAACUUCAACAUCAUCACAAUUCCAUCCUCACCUCCGUACCGGCGGCUCCUCUUCAUACCGAUUCCUACGACUACAAAGAAUACUAUUGAGUCCGAAUAACGUUUUUUUUUAACUAUUGAAUCUCCGCUUUUUUUACGAAAACUUUAAUAUCGAAAAUAAGUUAUAGUCGUGACGAUUCUAAUGAGGACGUCGUGAAAAUGAGGAUCACCCGAACCCAGUCCGUCCUGGGCCAUCCUAAUCGCCAUUUUGCAAUUGUCUGCAGCAUAAUCCUCAAAAUCCCUGUUGAGCCGAUUUGUUUUUUACGGAAACGAGGGAAGCAAGUAAGCUCGUGACAUCUCUGGAGCGUGAAAUAAAAUAUGGAGAGGACGAAAUAAAGUGUGUCAAUGACGGCAACUCUCGUUUUGAGAGUUAUCAUAUUUUUAGAUAUUUCUUUCACAACCUUUCCAAACAUUUUGAGUUUUUAAAAAUACUCUUCGAAUUAUACAAUGAUCAUUUGAAUUUCAUAUUUUUGUCGGUUAUUUAAAUUUACAUCGCAGCACUAACAAAAGUCACGACUACUGUUCGACGUUUCGUUUUGUUGAAUCUGUCUUUCGAGAAAACAAAUGAAUAAAUUUACCAAGACAGUGACA